GUUCAUUCGUCUGUUGAAUUCUGAACGCUACGGUUCGCUCACUCGGGCUCUCCCAAGCAGCCGCAUCAAGUGAAAUACAUAUAUUAAAAUAAACUUUAUAAAAAGCCUGAAAAUCUUGUGUAAAUCAAAAAGUGCUCACACAGAUUUAGAUAAGUGAUAAGGCUGACAAAUAAGAAAAAUUUAAAGAAAAAAAAAACAAACAAAACAGACUCCAGUGCCCCUGCAGUAACUCUCUGUGCAGGUGCCAAAGACAGUUGAACAAGUGCAAAGUGCAAUCCAAUUAAAAUUUAAAUAAUAUUUACUACAUACACAAUGGAUAUGGAUACGUUGCUGCUGCCGUCGCCGCCUGCAACGCCCCCGCUUCGGGAUAACAAAGUGGAAAACGCGGCCAAGGACAAACAACAGGUCAAUGAGAAUCUGCUGAAGGCCAAGCUAAAACUGGUCGCCAAUCAGAAGAGUCAAAAAACUGGCGCCGGCAUCAUAACACCCAAUCCCUCGGACACGGAGGACGAUGCCGCCGAUGUGUUGCCAUGCAAAAAGGCGCGCCUGGAACAGCCGGCGAUAACAUUAACGCCUCCACCCGAUCAGCAGCAGCAGCUGAAGCAUGAACACGAACAGGAGGCGGAGGAUGCACUGGCGCAACGCGUUAGCGUCAUCAUGCGUGUCAAUAGCCUGGGCACGGUCAGCUCCUCAACCAAGGAGGAGGAGAACAGCUCCAGCUGCUCCAACAAUGGCGCGCUCGGCACACCCAUUGCCGAUGACUAUCCCGAGGAGAAUGUGUGGCGCAAUCUCAAAUACAAAAUGAAUCGCAAACGUGCCGCCGAGGUGGCGCUACCCACAGCAACAACAAAAGCAACUGCAGUGGAACCAUGCAGCGCACCAUCGGCACCAACGGACCAGCAGCAAAACACAUCCUGUCCAGCGUCCGCCACGAGCGUCUAUAUAGCUGCAGCAGCUCCAGCUGCAAACUCACAGCUGCUGCUGCUAAGCAACGUCGCCGUUGCUGUCGCCGCCGCCGCCGCCUCCGGUGCACAGCCUCAAUUACCAAGCCAGCCUCCAACUUCAUGCGCAUCUCCAACUAUGUCCUCAAUGGGGGGCAGCAGCAGCAGCAAACGCAUUACCGCCGCCCAGGCGGCGGCCACACGCAGUCGCAUCUACGAGUGCACCUUUCCCGAUUGCGGCAAAAACUACUUCAAGAGCAGCCACCUGAAGGCACAUCAGCGCGUCCAUACCGGCGAGCGUCCGUUUAUAUGCAAAUGGGAGAACUGUGACAAGCGCUUCUCCCGCUCCGAUGAGCUCUCGCGGCACAAGCGCACGCACACCGGCGAAAAGAAGUUCCAGUGCGGCGUCUGCUCAAAGAAGUUCAUGCGCAGCGAUCAUCUGUCCAAGCACGUAAAGCGCCACAACAAGGACAAGGCGAACGGAGUCAAUCGCAAUGUCAGCUUUGCCACGGCCGCCGCCGAAGCAGCUGCCGCUACGGCAGCGGCGGCGGCGGCGGCCGCGCUGUGUGAGCCAACGCUACAGCUGCGCGCAAUAGCACCAGCCGCCGCCGUCUCCGCCCCGAGUCCAGUGCAAAUGUCCAGCGCCUCGUCGAGCCAAUCCUCCAGCAGCAGCAGCAGUCUACACAUUUACAGUGCGCCGGAUUUGCUGCGCCUGCAACAGCAUCGAUUGUCUCCAUUUGUGGCAACGGCGUCCGCUGUUCAGGCCCGAUAAAUACACGCACCACCGUGGUGCGGCACAAUCUCAUCUCGACACACAGUAUGAACCAGCUCAAGCACUAAAGCACUGGAGGCACAUCCACAUGCGGGCCAGCUGGCGUAGAGUUAAGACCUAGUUAAGAGCUAUUUCUUGUCAUCGUUAUUUUAGAUUCAUAUUACAACACAAUUGUCCUUAUGUAAGCCUA